AUGACGCAACCCUCGUUACGACUCGUGCCAGACAACGUUGGCAAAUAUCAGUCUUGGCGUCCGCACUACAGCAACAUCUGGACAAGGCUUACUCCCUUCCCUCCCCACACCUCCGGAUUCUUGUACUACCACCAACCUCAAGGUGCACCCCUGCUCAUGGGCCAAUUACGCUUCCGGCUCACUCCCGAUCGCCUUCCUCAAAGUUUCAGCCGAGGCAAAGAUUGCUUUACUCCAGAGGGAGACAUUUGGAAGGUUCCCCUCAUUGUUCUACAUCAUUAUGAAUCCCAUAGGCAUAUCUAUAGGCAGCUUCGCCUGGAUGGAUUCGUCUCCGACGCAUUGCAUUCAAAGCUCGCAGCUCUUGAGUUUGUCCCUCGGAACACGGUCACUGUGUCCUUGUAUUCACUCCACCAAGUGUUCCCUGUCGAUUUUGCAUCAAGUUAUUUGAGGUUCUUCGUAGUGGGCGACUCAACUUGUCGAAUGGUUGAUAUUUGCCACAUCUUUGGCCUCCGUCGCUCUGGUGAGCAGGGAACACCCUUUACAAGCAAGGGUAUUUUGCGUCUUGAGCUUUCAACAUCACGUGAACAUGCAGGAACCAGAACGGUCGUCAUGCGUGUUGUGAAAUUAGUGGGGGAUCCAGGCUCUUACCUGGGAGAAGACCGGCCGGUCGAAGGGCAGCUGGUGUUGCGACAUAAUCCUCGUGGAGAAUCCAAGCUGCUCUGCUUCAACGUUGAUCGCGAUUCACCUCAACGUCGCGAACAGACGUUCUCGCAUCCUGACGCGCUACCCCUGCUUCUCGCUAAUACCUUUGGUGACAAGCAUAAAAGGCCAUAG